CUGUUGUAAACACAGCAAACAGCUGGACCCAGCAGCGGCUCCUAGUCAGGUUUUAGUCGGCAGUUGUAUCACCUGCUGGAAUCAGAACCACCGUAUUAAUACACAUUUAGCGGUGAUUUGUCUGAACUGGUGUAUCCUUCCGCUAAUAGCUAAGCUAAGCCCUGUUCUCUCUGAAGCCACCUGUGGUCCUCUGCUGUGUGAGUGAACAGAAAGCCUUGCCUUCUCUCUCAUGGUGCUUUCUGGUCCAUGGGGAACUGCCUAUUUUCACAAGGUGGGGAUGACGUUUCGCUGCUGAACGAGUCGGAGGGGGGCAGUCUGCCUGGAGAGACCCCGCCGCCCUACCAGCAGCACACCCCACCAGUGCCGGUCUUCCACCCCACACCAGGGGAGAGUCGCCUGGCCAGCCAGCUCACCGAGGAGGAGCAGAUCCGCAUCGCUCAGCGUAUCGGACUCAUCCACCACCUUCCCAAAGGUAUCUUCGACCCGGGUUCUGACCCCUCGGAGAAGAAAGUGAAAGAGUGUGUGAUCUGCAUGAUGGAGUUUGAAUAUGGUGAUCCCAUCCGGUUCUUGCCUUGUCUGCACAUCUACCACCUGGACUGCAUCGACCCGUGGCUCAUGCGUUCCUUCACCUGCCCCUCCUGCAUGGAGCCCGUAGAUGCAGCCCUGCUCAGUACUUACGAAACCAACUGAGCACAAGAGGUGUCAGCAACAGGCAGCCUGGAAGGUGCGGCCCUGAGGCAGAUAUAUGUAAGGUCUUUGGGGAUGAAGACCUGUGUCAAGAACUGCUGCUUUACAUAGUGCAUUAUAAAGAUUUAAUCCACGCCUGUUUGUGUCGGAGAGAAAAAUGCGCCAAACCUUUUCACAGGAGCAAAUGCUGUGUAAGGAGUGGAAAAAAAAAAGACAAAAUGUGAUGAUUUUUAAAGCAAUUAGUUGAGUUUUGUUCCUCAUUGAUGCUGUAAUGUCCGUUAUUUCAGCCUGGGAGGUUUAUUAGUCAUUUCAGUUAUUGUUUGUUGAGUUUCCGAUGAAAACUCGAAGUGAAAAGGUGAUCUGAAGAAAGACCUUCACAAAAGUUUCCUUAAACAGAAUAGAUUCCAGUGCUUAUUGCUUUCUGAAUGUUAUACGUUCAGCUAUUAACCACAUUCAAGGAUUGCUGUUCUUUUAUUUUUUGAUGCAUUAGUUGUGUUUUUGAGACAAGCUUUUCCCCUACAGCUUUUUUUUUAUUCCGGAUAACAUCCUUUCUAAUUGUUUUUUUUUUUUAGAGUCAUUAUGAGAAACUCGGCCUCCUGUUUGGUCCCUCUUAAAGCACACUGAGCGCCUCACCUUAAAUAUCGCAGCUCUUACAUCCCAAACAGUAUUGUGUUUUUAUUUGUUUCUAAGCUUUUUUUUUUGAGUAACGGUUGUGUCCAGGCUUUGUGACUUCCUGUCUCUUUGUUUACCUUUUGUUGUUUUGAACUGCUGUUAGUAAUUUACUAAAUGUCUGAGACUGAUACCCUAAAAACGCCCCCAGCUUUCAAUGUCCGACAUGUCAUGUGAGGUUGACUCUGCUUUGCUAAGAAAAACCGGUGAAGCUGCAGCAGAGGGAAGGGGUGUAAACUGAAUGUAAAGCCAGAUUACAAACAUUAAUGGAUGCUAAUAUUAGGACAUUUCUGAUUUACUGUGCACUCGCUGUGCCUUCUGUUGAAAGAUGAUGUAAGCCAAGUUCUGUGAAGUACAAUCAUUUAUGCCUUUUCCUUUGUCGUUCUUUAGUUCUCCUCUAGGAGGAGACAUAUACCAGCACAAUGUGUCACAGGUCUGUUUAAGGAAGCUGGAAAUGUAAUCUGGCUGCUGUGAGUGUUUCUAAUUUAUAAUGUAUGCAAAAAGUCUACAAAGUUAAGAAAACUAAUAAAAUGCAAAUUAAAUA